CAUCUUUAUACCAUAUCUGGUGUUCCGUAACAUGGUACCCUUAAGAUCAACAAAGGACUGAAAAUGUUCAUCUUUUGAAAGAACAUUUUCAAGGUUUUUUACGCAAGAUAUCAGCAUACUCCCAUCAGUUUGUAUUGCUAUUUUCAAUCAGGCUCAGGUCGAAAUUUAAAUCGAUACCAAACAGCGGAUAGAAUGAAUUGAAAUUUGCUAUAAAAGUGAAGCUAUUACAUUGUAACCAAUGCAGCUACUGAAAAUAUGACCUUUCUAAACAUCAGUAAAGCUUUCCUGCUAACUAUCGCUGCAUUGGGCGUCCUAGCUCAAGAAGAAGGCUCUACUCUCCCUGAUGCCACAGCUAUCGGCGCCGCACCACCGCCCAGAAAGAUUCAAAGGCCAGCAAACUGUAACACACCAGAAGUCAUUCAACCUUCAGCUCCUUUCUCUGUGGUCUCUGGCUAUGAAGCCAUUGUUGUAUCUAACACUAUUAAAAAUCCCCGAUCGGUAACUGUGGACGAAGCAAACCAUUUCUUGGUCUUGGCCGCAGGUGACAACUCGAUUUAUUCUAUCCGAGAAGAUCUCUGCGGAAAUAUGAGUCAGCAACUCUUGGUUAACGGAUCAAAACUUGGUGGUAGUAUCCUUCAGGAUAGUCUAAUUGCCUUCCGUGACCAUCUGUAUGUUGCAACUGGCGAUGCUGUUUAUAAAUUUCAAUAUUCCCCUGGUCAACACUCUGAAAUCCAGAGUGCACCUGAAGUCGUUAUCAAGAAUAUUGGCGAGAAGCAACUUCCUAUGACCAUCGAUCCUAGAGGUCGUCUUUUCGUUCCAAAAGGAUUCAGUCAAGCAGCUACUGGAGGAUCACAAGUGAGGCAAUACGACUUGUUGGAUGUGCCUGCUGGUGGCUUCGACUAUGGCAACAGCGGCGAGGCUUUAUCAGCAGCAGGAAAUAACGGAGCUGGCCCGUUGGCCUACGAUACCCAGGGAAGAAUUUGGGGAACCAACAUUGCUGCUGAUGGUUCCGAAAACCUUUCACUAUUUGAUGCCAACGCCAGCUCCAAUACUACCGUUCCCGUAGGAUCGCAAACAAGAGGUAUUGCUUUCUAUCGUGGCCUUGGAUGCUCAGUUGGAGAUGCAGAUUCUUUGGGUACAACUGAAGGUUUCCCCUGCCGAUGGACCGAUCAUGCUUUCUUAGCUACCCGUAACACUGGUAUCGUCCAUGUGCCAUUCAGUGAUUUGGCGCAUGCACCAAGCGGCGCCCCCGAGACCAUCUUUGGACAAACCGACAUCUCUGAUUGUUCAACUGGUACAUGUAUUUCACCCAUUAGCAUAGCCUUUGAUCAAAAUGGGCGAAUCGUCACUGCUAGCGACACUACCAACGAGGUUUGGAUGGUAAGAAGAUUGUACAACCCAGAUGCGGGCAAGAUUCUGACCGACAAGGCCAACGCAGCUGACGCCGCCUCAGAAGCUAAAGACGAGGCCAAGGAUGCCGCCGCAGAGGAUGCGAAGGCACCAAAAGAGGAUGCUACCGUUCCUGAAGAUUCUGCAAACCAAGAAUAGUUUGUGACAUUCCAUUGUUCCGCCUAUUGAUUUAUUUGGGCAAAGAGUCUUGCAUAGCGCUGCAAAAAAUAUACUGCUCUCUUGCUGAAAAUCAAAGCAAAUAAGCUCACUC